AAAUCCAAUGGUCGGUGUGGUGUUGCCGUGCUGCUGCUCGACGACGACGAGGUAGAGAGGUCGUCGCUGAUCGCCGUGUAUAUCGUUCGACAUUACCGCCGCCGUGUGACCCGCGGACGCGCGAUUCCUUUUUUUUUUUUCCGCGUUCGAUAUUUACCAGCGCGUCCAUCGCGUCGUCGCGACAUACUGAGGAAGCUGCUGCGAGGAACUGCCCUGCGUCGGCCUGUCCGGUGCCCAGCACGACACCCAGCGAUAGUGAGAAAAGGAUAGAGGAAGUGAGAAAGAAAGAAAGAAAGAAAGAGGGUCAGUACCGAUCCGAUUGAACACGGGCGUUGAACGACGGCGAGGAACGGCGGCGACGGCGACGGCGACGACGACCCUCCUGUCCAGAAGAGCGCAGUAGUCGUUCUUCUCGCUCUGUAAUUUUCUACUACCCGACUCGCACCGCGCGCGGCGAAAUAUAGCAGUACGGAAAUCUGUCAGACAUUUAGUGACGAGGAGCAGAGUGGAGUGGAGUAACGCAAGAAUCGGAGCAAGUGACGAGACGAAGAAGAGGAUAGUGCGAGGGACAAAGAGAGGAAGAGAGAGAGAGAGAGAGAGAGCGUGCGCGCGAGCGAGAGGAGAAAGACAGAACGAGGCGCGACACACGAGUGAGUGAGAGACAGAGAGAGGGAAAACGUCGCGGAGUAGCGAGUGUGUGGAGCAAAGAUAGAUCAACGGCGGCGACGUUGAUCGUGGGGAAGUAAGGAUUCACGCCGCGCGUCGUCGGCGGAGCAUACCGCGCGGUGGCGCGCCGCAACGUAAUACGUCGGCGAUCAACAACGACGGAGAGAGCCGAGGCGCGGGAUCGCGAGGAAGCAGCCGCGUUUUAUAGGAACCGAGGAGUACAAGCCGUCCCGAAAACGUCGGUCUGCCGCCGCCACCACCACCACCACCACCACCACCACCGCCGCCGCCGCCGCCACGACGUUGGCACGCACCCCUCGACGUUCUCGCCAGCGGCGCUCCGCAGCGUCACUCCUCCCCCUCCCCCGCCGCCGUUCAUUGGCUGACGGUACCGCGCUUUGGAGCUGCUCGCCGCGCGGCCGCCGCUGCCGCAUCACCGUGACAGCAGCGCGAGAAGGAAGCUAGGCCGUCGUCGCCGAGAGAGUGCGCGUCAGUGUGUUGCCGAAAAAAAAAAGAAUAAAAAGAGGGUGGUGUCGCCUGUACGACGACGUCGUGUGUACGAAGGCGAACGUCGUUUAACAUUACGUGAAGCGGAAAACGGCGGAAAACGGUGAAAACGGUGUGAAAAGGUGAAGAUAAAAGGAGAGCGAGAGAGAGGAGAGAAAGUGCGCGCGUGAGCGCGCACUCUCGUGCGAUGUGAUAAUCGCGUGUGGUGCGACUGUUAUUGAUGUGCGAGGUGGUGUUGACGACGAGGGAAACGACAUCAACGGCGACUACCGGGGCUAACUUCAGACGGUGGCGGAGGAGGAGGAGGAGAAUCGCCGGAGAGGUACCGGCCAACCUAACCUAGUAGACGCAGCAGGAGUAGCGGGAGAGAAAGAGGUAGCGGGAACGCAACCUUUUCAAGCCACGGUGUAGGUGUGGAGGCGGAGGUGGAGGCGGUCGAGAAGGCUUCAGAAUGAGCGGACGACCGAGAACCACCUCCUUCGCCGAGGGUAACAAGCCGCCCGCGAAUCCGCCCCUCGGCGGUAUGAAGAUCAGCAGUGGUGCAAUGUACCCUGCAGGCAAGGAUGGCAGCAAGGUAACGACUGUAGUAGCGACUCCUGGUGCUGGUCCGGAUCGUCCUCAGGAGGUCGCGUACACCGAUACUAAGGUCAUAGGCAAUGGCAGCUUUGGUGUGGUAUACCAGGCGAAACUCUGCGAUUCGGGAGAGAUGGUUGCUAUCAAGAAGGUUCUCCAGGAUAAACGAUUUAAGAACAGGGAAUUACAAAUUAUGCGACGCCUCGAACAUUGCAACAUUGUGAAACUCAAAUAUUUCUUUUAUUCUAGUGGUGAUAAGAAGGACGAGGUUUAUCUUAAUCUAGUCCUGGAAUACAUACCCGAAACUGUGUACAAAGUCGCUCGACAUUAUAGCAAAAGCAAGCAGACGAUACCAAUCAGUUUCAUCAAGUUAUAUAUGUAUCAACUGUUUCGUUCAUUGGCGUACAUCCAUUCCCUGGGUAUUUGUCACAGGGAUAUCAAACCACAAAAUUUGCUGCUAGAUCCAGAUACUGGUGUUUUGAAGCUAUGCGAUUUUGGUUCUGCUAAACAUCUUGUGAAGGGCGAACCAAAUGUAUCCUAUAUCUGCAGUCGCUACUAUCGCGCACCUGAACUCAUUUUUGGUGCUAUUGACUACACCACAAAAAUUGAUGUUUGGAGUGCAGGUUGUGUGCUAGCAGAACUGCUGCUAGGUCAACCAAUAUUUCCCGGCGAUAGCGGUGUUGAUCAACUGGUAGAGAUUAUCAAAGUCCUCGGUACGCCUACGCGCGAUCAGAUACGUGAGAUGAACCCCAACUACACCGAAUUCAAAUUUCCACAAAUUAAAUCACAUCCCUGGCAAAAGGUGUUCAGGGCGCGCACGCCACCGGAAGCGAUGGACCUAGUGGCACGGCUACUGGAAUAUACACCGUCGUUGCGCAUGACACCGUUGCAAGCGUGUGCACAUUCAUUCUUCAAUGAAUUACGUGAACAAGGCACGCGGUUGCCAAGUGGCCGUGAAUUACCGCCGCUCUUCAACUUCACCGAGCAUGAGCUGCGAAUCCAGCCGAUCCUCAACAGCAUGCUGAUACCCAAGUAUAUGCAAUCGGCCGCCGCCACCACCGGUACGGAGGGGAAUCCCGGCGGGGGCGGCGGAGGUGGAGGUGGCGGCCAGUCGGACGCCACGGGCGCCGCUGCCAGUGCUAGCGGUAAUUCUAGUGAUAAUAGCGCCAACAAUCCCAACACCACCACUAACACCACCGCUACCAACACGCAAAACACUGACCCCAGCCAAUCGAACAUGGCUUGA